AUGGAGUGGGAGAGGGGGAGAGUGUCGUGCGCUGUCUCGCGUGCCCAGAAGGAGGCCACCGUCGAGAGCCUCACGGAGCUGUUCAACUCGUCCGCGGCCGUCAUGGGCGUGUCGUACAAGGGUCUGACGGUGCGGGAGAUCACGGACCUCCGGCGCUCGCUCCCCGCGGGCGCCCGGCUCGUGGUGGCCAAGAACAACCUGGUCAAGCUCGCGGCCGAGAAGGCCGUCGCCGACGGCCGGGAGGACUGGAAGGCGCUGGCGGAGACCCGGUACACGGGCGACAACGCGUGGUUCUUUGCCGACGAGGAGGUGAUCGGGAAGGCGUUCAAGGCGUUCAACAAGCAGAGCAAGGACUUGCAGAAGGAGAAGAAGGAGGUCCUGUCGCCGAACGUCAUCGUGUUCGGCGGCGACGUGUGCUCGCCGGACGACCUGAAGCGCCUCGAGAAGGUCCCGUCGCGGGAGGAGAUCUACACCAAGAUCGCCCUGCUCGUCAAGGCGAUGCCGACCAAGGUCGCCCGACUGGUCAAGGCCGUCCCGACCAAGGUUGGCCGCGCCGUCCACUUGGUUGCGGAGCUGGAUGAGGACAAGUCGAAGCUUGUGUCUGACGUCGCGAAGAGUGACUAG